CAAACUACGGAUAUCAAUGAUCCUGAGAAAUUCUAGAAGGAUUGUAUUAUUGUGUGAUCAACAACGGAACGGUAGACGUCAGAAGCAAGAGCGCGUACAUUAGAGAUACUUUAUCAUUGGUUCCAAGGACUUAUACUCAAAUUCAAAAUAUUUUUGUUAAAGUUGGCAGCAAUGCAACCCUUUACUGUAUAUCCAGUCAUAUUAGCAGUUCGUACAUGUGGACUAGAGAUGGUACUGUGAUUGUUGUUGGUAUGAGAUUUUCAUUGCUCAUUGAUGGUGUGCUGCACAUACAAAACGUGACUGAACAAGACAGCAGGCAAUGUGAAUGCACUGCUACAGCAACAUUUCAUCAUUUGGCGUUCUAACCAGAAAAGUGUCAUGGAGUGUUACUGUAUACAGUAUACCGCGUGUUACUCUAUCUCUAUCUCAACUGAACGACGCACGCACUGAACAAUUCUGCAACACAACCAACCUUGUUGUUCCUUUCAUCCUAAAUCAUCUCCCAACUACAGUAAAGUGUCAAGCAAAAGGAUCUUUUCCGAUGUUGAUUCAACUAUUUCGCAACGCCCAGUUGCUGUUGAAGCAAAGCGUGACGAAUGCCAAUCAUGCUGUGCAGCACACAAUUUCAUCUCCUCGUUCAGGAAUCUAUCAAUGUAUUGCUAGAAAUGAGUAUGGCAGCAAACAAUCAUCACUCUACGCAAAAGUAUCAGGUGUUGUUCCAACUGUUUCUGCUACAAGUCGUUUACUAACAGCGGCAACUACAGCUCCAUCGAUGCCACAAUCUACUGCAUCUGACUACGUGACUACUACAUCUCUACUUCACCCAUUAGUGACAAAGUCAUCAAAUCAUUAUUCUAGUUCAUUAACGUCACGGCAUCUGCCCACAAGUUGGAAGUCGCCGAUUGUCAAUGGCAAAACUGCAAAUUAGAUAAUUGGAUUGCCAUUUUUUUAGAUUCUAUCGAUAUUUCGUCAAAUAGGAGGAUCUCUAUUAUCUUCACCAGAUCUACUCUUACACCAUCUCGUACAGCAAGUCUCUUUACUAUCUCUAAGCUAGACUCUAUUUGGAUGCAUCAUUUAUUUAUUAUUACAUUUUGUUGUAGCUUUACAUCCAGACACAACAGAGUCGUCAACAAGCAAGCAAGCAAAGACAGAAACUUCAUUUACACAGACUGCAUCUUAUCCCUCUCGUCCGGUGAUUACUUCAACAGCAAGAGCGCAAACUAACUUCCCGUCAUCACGUAAUUGA